AUGAAUCCUCUACACCGCAAGAUGAAGCAACUACAUCAACAACUAUCGAAAACCCAAUGAGUCAUAUACCCAAGCAUGAUGUUACUGUUUUUGGUGUGUCUACUGAUUUGACUGAUCUUAAUUUACCAACCCAUCUGGAUAUCUUGAGAUAUUAUUUUUACUUAAGCGAACGUGCUAAAACAGAUCAAAAAAAGUUUUCCCAUAAAUCAUUCACUAUUCAAGUACAAGAUAAGUUGAUUGGAAUUUGGGGAAAACUUGGUAUGGAAAUAAUGCUGAAAAAAAGUGUAUGUAAUAAAUUGAAUAAAUUGCUUGACAAGUAUCAAGAGCAAAUGAAGAGAAGAAACAACACCCAACAAUUAACAGAGUAUGUAAAAUCCCUGGAAACAAUUUUUUACAUUGGAACAUGUAAAUGCGAAUUGAAGGCAGCUCCAUGUGCAUGCGGCUGGGUUCCCGAACGCCUCAAAGAGUUCAUGCACGAUCAACAUAAUCAGAGAAGACUAACAAUGAAUACAUUUAUGAUGGAAACUGAAGAGCAAGGAGCAACGUCUAUGUCAUCAAUGCCAACAUACCAAGAUCCCGAUAAUUCAAAAUACGCACCGCCACCGGUUCCAGAAGAUAUGGAUAGAAGCACAAGUUCACAAUACACAGAGAGAUACGAUUGUUUUAACUUUGCCUUGGUAUGUGACAGAUUUGGUGUGCCUGACAGAGUAGCAUCAGCAUUGGAAACCGCUCUUUUGCAAGAUUUUAAAAUUAAAGAUAAGCAUGGGAAACCUCUCAUAAUGGAUAAAUCGAAAGUUCGCAGAGAAAAAGAGAAAUGCAGACAAGAAGUGUUUCGCAAACGGUUAGAUGAUACCAAUUUGUUAGCGUUUUCAUUCGAUGGCAGAAAAGAUGAUACUUUAACGAUAGAUAAAAUUGAUGAGAAGUAUUAUACUAAGAUGGUAAAAGAACCUCAUCUUGUUAUUUUGGGAGAACCAAAUUCUGAAUUGAUUGGUUACGUAAGACUGGAACAUUAAACCGCUGAAUACAAAACAACCAAAUUAAAUGGUUUUUUCAACGAUAAAAAAAUAUCACUGGAUACAUUAAUUGGAAUAUGCACUGACGGUGAGCCAACCGGUUUAUGCCGGUCUUGCAGCAAAUGGGCGAUAUGUACAUAUACAUAAUAUUGCUGUGAU